AUGCCUAAGGUCAGAACCGUCGAUUUCGACAAUUCUAAUUCCGCAAUUGCUAACUGUGUAAAGAUCACAUUUGCCCAACACAUCGCAGCGCGAGUCAUUUGCCUAAUCGUGGUCCCUGUUUUGGUUUACAUGUUUUCUUUCUAUUUGCAUUUCUUGAUCCUUGAAAAUAGUGGCCCUGGGGAUGCGCAGAUGAGCUCUCUUUUCCAAGCGAACCUGAAGGGGACCGAUGUUGGCAAGGACAGUCCUCUCGAAAUUGCGCUUGGUUCCAAAGUCACUCUGAAAAACAUGGGCUAUGGGGGUGGACUUCUCCAUUCACAUAUUCAAACCUAUCCUGAAGGGUCAACCCAGCAGCAAGUUACCUGCUACCAUCACAAAGACGCAAACAAUGACUGGUUUGUCUAUCCAAAUCGCAAUGAACCCGAAUUCGAUCCGGAUGGACCGUUGAAAUUUGUUGGUCAUGGUGAUGUUAUCCGCCUGAUACAUGCACAGACUGGUCGAAACCUUCACUCUCACGCUAUCGCAGCACCGAUUACAAAGGCUGAUUAUGAAGUGUCUUGCUAUGGCAAUACGACGAUCGGAGAUGACAAAGACCAUUGGACAAUUGAAGUGGUCAGCGAUGCUGCAUCAAAGGACAAAUCUAGAAUCCGAACACUCACCACGGCCUUCCGGCUCCGCCAUACUACACUUGGUUGUUACUUGAGAGCUGGGAAUGUCAAUCUUCCCCAGUGGGGGUUUAAACAGAUAGAAACGACAUGUGUUAAGGAGAACAAACCUCGGGAUAAAUAUACGCACUGGAAUGUGGAAGCUCAUACAAAUGAUCGAUUGCCUCGUGGUGAUCCUGGCUCCUACAAGUCACCUUUCCUCCAAGAUUUCAUUCAUCUCAACGUUGCAAUGAUGACCUCGAACAAUGCGCUUGUCCCCGAUCCAGACAAACAGGAUGACCUGGCUUCCAAAUUUUGGCAGUGGCCGAUCCUGAAUGUGGGUCUUCGGAUGUGUUCCUGGGACGAUAGCGUUGUCAAGUAUUUCCUUCUGGGAAACCCUCUUGUCUACUGGGGAAGCACGGCUAGUCUGGGUAUUUUUUGUUUGCUUGUCCUUUGGUAUUUGGUGCGUUGGCAACGUGGAUAUGCCGAUCUGAGUCCAGCCGAUAUUGACCACAUCCAUUACUCGGGUCUCUAUCCUGUGCUCGGUUGGGUCUUGCAUUAUGUUCCGUUCAUUAUCAUGGCCCGUGUGACAUAUGUCCAUCACUAUUAUCCAGCUCUUUAUUUUGCCAUAUUGACUGCUGGCUUCUGCACCGAUUGGUUGACUCGAAAACUCGACUCGAGGCUGCAGUGGGCGAUUUAUAUAAUUUUAUAUGCAGCCGUGCUUGCCUUGUUUACGGUAUUCAGGGCGAUUGUUUUCGGCAUGCAAGGCCCACACCAGCAAUGGGCUCAUCUGAACUGGUUAAGCACCUGGAGGAUCUGA